CUCACUGCUCUCCAGCGCGCAGGGAAAAGCACGCGCUGGAAACUGGAGCGGCCAGAUUCACGUUUUUUGGGGGGAUUAUUUAUGAAUAAUUAAGAAGUGAAAAAUGGUGAGUUUGUGCUUUUAAAUUGUCGCUAAGAAAAAGUGCAGCGCGCAAAACAGGGGUUUUAAUUCAGACCAGAAAGAGAAACAGUAAAGACAGAGGGAUCCUCAGCGGAGAGGGCGCACAGUGAAAAAAAACAGAACUGAAGAAGGAGCACGGGGAGGAAAUUUGGUGCGACUGCGGCUGGAAAAGUUGGAGGAGAACCUGAGGUCUGCUACUGCUGCUGCUGUUCCGCCAUGCAACAUGAGUAACGACAGUAACGGAGUUGGGGGGAUCGAACCCCUGUGGAACUUGAGCGGUUCAUCAGUCAACCAAUCAUCUGACCUGUUCUCCAACGCAACAUGCAACGUGUCCACCAAUGAUUCAACUUCCUGUUCUCCUGUGGACGAUGGAACAGGGGCGGGAAGUCCGUAUAAAGCUCUGGAGAUGUUUUUCAUCUCCGUGGUGACAGGAUCUCUCAGCUUUGUUACUGUCACAGGAAAUAUUUUGGUCAUGCUAUCCAUCAAAGUGAACCGACACCUGCAAACAGUCAACAACUAUUUCUUAUUUUCAUUAGCAUGUGCCGACCUGAUCAUCGGAGUUUUUAGCAUGAAUUUGUACACGGUCUACAUCAUUGUUGGCUACUGGCCGCUCGGGCCUGUGGUCUGUGACUUGUGGCUAGCUCUAGAUUAUGUAGUGUCAAAUGCUUCAGUGAUGAAUUUGCUGAUCAUCAGCUUUGAUCGCUACUUCUGUGUGACCAAACCCCUAACGUAUCCAGCAAGACGGACAACUAAAAUGGCGGGGUUGAUGAUCGCAGCAGCGUGGAUCCUGUCAUUCAUCUUGUGGGCUCCUGCCAUCUUGUUCUGGCAGUUUAUAGUUGGAGAGCGAACAGUGCCCCCUGGAGAGUGCUACAUACAGUUCCUUUCUAACCCUGCAGUGACGUUUGGGACAGCUAUAGCAGCAUUCUAUCUUCCUGUCAUUAUUAUGACUGUCCUGUACAUCCACAUUUCCCUGGCCUCCAGGAGCAGGGUCUCCAAACACAAACCAGAGAAGGAGAAGAAGAAGGGAAUAAAGACUCCCAGUUUGAUGAAAAGUCACCUGUUAAAGCAGAACAACAACAAUGAGAGCAGUCCUCAUGCGAGUCCGCACUCCAGACCUAAACUCAGCGUGGACUCAUCUACCACAGCACCGGAGGCUGUAAAAAACGGCAGAGUGGAGGAACCAAACCAAGCUCAGCCUCAGGCUCGGGCACAGCCCAGUCCAGGACUCACACAGGAGGAAAAAGAGAGUUCCAAUGAUUCAUCCACAGCUUUCAUUCCCCCGACAGAAGUAAAGGACAAUGCCAACAAAGUCACAUCUGAGGCUGCAACAAAUCCCAGCCCAGUUGCCACGACAACAGCCAAUCCUAAAAUCAACCCCAACUCAAGGUGGUCCAAGAUCAAGAUUGUAACGAAGCAGGCAGGGGACGAAUGCAUCACGGCUAUAGAGAUUGUUCCGCCUGUGGAUGGAGCCGAGAGGCACUCCAUCCCGAUUAGCCGCCCUCGCACUGUGGCGAGGAAGUUCGCCAGCAUUGCAAGAAGCCAAAUCAAGAGGAAAAGACAGAUGGCUGCCAGAGAGAAGAAAGUCACAAAAACCAUCUUUGCGAUCCUGUUGGCCUUCAUCAUCACAUGGACGCCAUACAACGUCAUGGUGUUGAUCUCGACCUUCUGCCAGUCCUGUGUCCCCGACACCGUGUGGGCCAUCGGCUACUGGCUGUGUUACGUCAACUCUACUAUCAACCCGGCUUGUUACGCGUUGUGCAACGCCACAUUCAAGAAGACUUUCAAGAACCUGCUGCUGUGCCAGUAUAAAAACAUAGGUACAAGAUGAGAUGGAAGGAUGAGACUGAGGGUGGAAUGGAUGAGGAAGAACGGUGAGGCAAGGAAAGGCUGCUGAAAGGUGAGUGAAAGAGAGCUGAGACGAGAAAUGGACGGCAGAAUUUAGAAGGCGGCUUCCCUCAACAGAGAUCGGACAUCUGUUUGCAGGGAAUGAGCAACCAUUGUUUAUCCUGCAAAUGAAUGCCAGUCAUCCUAGGUGGUACAUAUAGACUCAGAGAGGGAUACAAGCACAGAGCUGGGACUGUGAAAACUGCUCAGCUUCCCGUAAGUGGGAAACAAAUCACACACUGAAUGGAAACAUGGCUUCAUAGACAAAGGGAAAAUAAUUGCAGUGGUGGAGCAGGGGUUAUAAUGGGCAGAGAAAUUAGGAGGAAAUGUAGACGGAGGGAAAAUAACAGAUGAAUGCAGGUGUGGAUGGAUGGAGUGAUAUAUAUGAAUGACAGGACCAAUAAAAGUAUAUAAUAGCAGACAAUGGUAGAAAAUGCAGCAACGUGCACGGAGAGGAAGUGGUCCAUCUGGAGAGUUGAGUGGAUGUAUAGAUGGAGGACAUGAAAAGGUCAUGCCACAGUACUUGUCACCAAAAUAACUGCAAAUCACAAUGUUACUGUGAUAAUUAUAAAAAAAAAAAAAGAAAAAAUCAGCCUUUAAACAAAUGUCACAAAACACGCUGAAAUCACUUAGCCUUACAUUUUCGGAAGAAACUAAAUUUUGUAAAGUGAAAACUGAGGCUUGUGGUUUAUUUUCUACCUGCAUUUAUUUCAUAUCAUUACUUUCAAAAAAACAUGAAUUCCAGUGUUUUGGGGUGGAGCUUAGAGCACUAUGUCAUUAAAUUAACAUUUCAAUGUGGAAAAACAAAAAACAAUCUUAAUCACUUAUUUUCAAGUGCCACAGAACCUCAUGAUUUAUCAUGAUCUUAUUUAAGACUGUAUUUUGGUCAGCUAUACAACAUCAUCAAGUCACUCAUGUGAAAUAUUAAGGAUAUUCCCCAUUCCUAACUAUCCUGAAAAUUUAAAUUCACCACACUCAACUUAUUGCAAGUUGGAGUAAUGGAUGGAGAAAUUUAAUUCAAGUGACCAGAAAAAAAAAUACUUGACACUUAUUUUUUAAUCAACAAACCAUCUACAACUACAUAUAUUAGACAGUUAAAAAGAGGAUAUUGUAUAUAUUUAUGAAGUGAUUUUGAGAAUGUAAUAAAGAACGAGUGUCAUUGUGGUUUUAUAACCAUAUUUUAGAGGAAGACAAACUGUCUUUAUUUAAAAAGGAGGGAGAAAGAUGUGAGUGACAGAACGGAUUUAAGAGUUUGCAGUGGAUGUACAACUGGUUCAUACUUUACUCUGCAACUGAAUGACAGUUGGUAGAGUGAAGAGUAAGUGGAGAGCAGGUUCUCAUCAUUAACCUGCACACAACAAAUACUUCUACACCUGUGCCUCCAGCUGUGUCCAGGGACAGAUUCACCACCAAUUAAAUACUAUGGUAAUCAGAAUAGCCAUGGCUGCAGCCAUAAUCACAUAUAAUCUGACACCAGUCAAUCAGAAUAGAUACUGUCAAUGCUAAUAACAUUCUCAUGUAGUUAGCUGCAGGAAUACAGACUGAGCAAGAGUCUAGAAAAGUGUCUCUACUUGCCAGCAAUCUUGGUAACACCACAGCACCUUUUUCAGACUCACAGAACUGGCAAGGGAAGAACUAGGAAGAGAACCCUAACUUGUUUUAAAGAUUUUAAUUGAGUAAGAAAACUGUUUUGUUUUUAAAGCCGCAGAAUAAGCCUCAAGUUAACGGCCGCCACGAAGCAAACGAAAAAGAACGACAUCCUCUCAGGUACGCAAAGGCCACCGUAGUUUCCAGCUGAGUUUGGAAAAGGGAAAGUGAGUGAAGGAGUCAUCUUUUUUGUUUGUUUUGCACGUGGACAGCGCAUACGCAAACUGAAGUUCCGCCCCACCGGUAGGUGGAGUGUAAGUCCCGGUCACCAAGCAGGUAAAAACAACAGAAGAAGUAGUCGCCAAGGAUAGCCAUCCGAGCCUCGACCUGGCGACCCUUGAAACCAGAAUCUCUGAAGCUUAAUCCUAUUAAAUCAUACAUCAGUCUGUAUAAGCCGCAGUGUUCAUUAUACACUUCUAUGUGAAUGACUCAAACUGCUGAUACAGCAUUCUGAAUAUUCAAAAGCUACACCAUGGGUUUCUCUACUUCUUUAAAUUUAAAUAUUCUCUUAAAUUGGCAGAUGGGUAGGAAUAUUUUUAUAAGCAGGUGGAGAGUGUAAACAUUUUCCACAACAGUUGCUCAUUACCUUGAGAAGCAUAAAUCUGCUGUCGCUGCAGACAGGUGUGUUCAGGUAGUUACUCUCUGUUGUCCAGAUUCUGACAGGGUCCAGAUCUGUGAAGCCUCUGUAAGAAGGAAAUGUUAAUGGUUAAAGUAAAGUCACAGAACGUAUUUGAAUUCCCACUUCAAGCCUCAUUUGUUAUACAUAAGAUAUCGGAAAUGCCUAAGAGAAAAGUGUUGCUUUUUACGUACCAAAAAACUAUACAUAUGAAAAUAUCAUGUCACAACUUCUUGCCUCACGAUAUUAUAGUGAUAAUCCGUUUAAUAUUUGUUUAAAAAUGUUCUUUAAACUCACUUUAAACACAAAUCUUGAAUAAGAUCACUAUAAAUUAUGAGGUCCCCAGUGGCACUUCAAAAUAAAUGACUAGGGCUGGAAGGUGGUGAGCUAGAGAGCCUUUUUCAAGUCACUUUUGUGAAUAAUUAAUGUUUCACCCAUUUAUGAUUCUUCAGUUAAUGGAAAUUUACUUACUGGGAGUGUUUUACUGAAUGAAUUUGCUGCGUAAUAUUCCAUGAUAAACAAGCAGCAGUUUGGUUUGUGCUGAUGUUGCAGGGGAAGCGUUCCUCAUGAGAAGUACCAACAAGUACUUGUGACUCGUUUAUGCGCAGUUUAGGGCGUUUUAAAGACACAAUCCUGAAUUUUAAUGAGGCGAUCCCAAAUGUGGCUAUCCCAUAUAAGAAGUGAAACAUUGUCCUGUCAGCUAAAGUGCUGAAAAAGCUGCCAUGACUCAGCAGGACUUGGGUCGGGUUUCUUUUGCUUUAUAAUGCGACUGUGUCGGCUUAGCAUGGCUCAGCAGCUUGUCCUGACUCAGUCGAGCACCUACUGCUCAGUCUGAUGAGAGAAAUGGUCCAAAACAAAAUCAUGACACCACAGGCUUUGCAGAGAGGAUAUACUCUCACUGAGCACUUAAUUAGGAACACUCGCAUUUCUUUUUAUUCUUGUGAUUAUCAAGCUGAGACAUUCCCAAAUUUCAGAAUGCCGUGGCCUAUUUUCAUAAAUGAAUUCAUUGUCUAGCACUUUAUUCUUUAGUGUACACACUGGACAGG